AAGAUAUGAUUUCUAAUCUGUUUAAUUCUAGGUUACUGGAUUUAUGGAAUCAUCUUUAUUAUUCUUGUUUUUAUUAAAUCAAAACUUCUUCCAGAAGGGCACAAAACCCACGAGGAUCAUUCUGCCAACAGUACUGGUCCCCUGCAACAGCACAGUUUGUUCUACACUAUGGGGAUCUGUUUGAUACUACAGGGGCUCUUCAGUGCAAUCUUCCAUAUCUGUCCUUCCAACAUCUCCUUGCAGUUCGACACUACCAUGAUGAACAUGAUGAUGAUCCUUGUGUUUAUCAAGAUCUUCCAACUACGCCACGCUGACACAGCCUACAAUGCGUUCCACGUGAUGUAUGUGUUUGCUGUUGUUCUUGUGUUUGAGGCUGUAUCCUUGUAUGUCUUCAAUACUGCUUGGAGAUUAGUUCUGUAUGUACUGUUUGUAUUCUGUUAUGUACUGCUGAUGGUACAUAUGGGUGUGGAUAUAUAUUACUAUGGAGCAGUUAAAACUAGUAUCAGAAAGAUGGUCCCAGUGAUGGUAAAGCAUGCUUUAAGAUACAAGGAGGAAUGUUUGAAUACGAAGAAGUUUAUUCUAACCUCCGUCUUUUUCCUUAUCAAUACCUUUCUUCUCAGCUUCAUUGUUUACAGAGCAUCACAGGAUCCUGGACGUAGUUUAUCCACUCCUCUUCUAUUCAUUGGUGGUGCAAAUGUUGGAAUGUACCUGGUUUACUAUUUUGUAAACAAACUACAGGAAAUCUGCUAUGAUGAAGAGUUGGAGCAAGAUAGUACCACACCAACGAAAUUCAUGCGAGGUUUAAGUUUCAUUUUCUUCCUUACAGCUCUGGUGAUUGGUGUUAUUGCUGGUGUAUUCUACUACAUGAAGCAUCAGAGUAGGAAUAGUACUCCACCUGAAUCCAGGAACAAGAACGAGUUGUGCAACUUGAUGAACUUCUACGACAACCACGACCUUUGGCACUUCUUCUCGGGCACAGCGUUGUUCUUUGCUCUGGUUGGUCUUCUGAUCAUUGACGACGACCUCCUGUUUAUCGACCGGGGGCGUAUUCGGGUUUUUUAAACAGAGAAAAUAACCGUUAACUCUUACAUUGUUACAAAUGUUUUUUAUGUUAGUUACCUAUUUUUUCGGAAAAGGGAACCCUGUUUUGUUUAACCUGAUAUUUUUAAAGGACUGUAAAGUAACCCCCUAAAAGCUUGGCCUGGUCAAGAAUGAACGAGAUCUGCAGGUUUCUAGUUUUUCUCUUUGAUUAAGUGACUUUUAGGUUUCUACUUAAAGAAACAAUUAGUUUAAUUGUCAGAACUAAACACUUUUUAUUGAUCAGAUUAAGGUUUUACGGGUACCUUUGUGAAUCGGGAAGUCCUUCUUUAAAUAAAGGGUCACUUGAAAUUCCAACAUCAGUCUCUUUAAUUCUGAAAUCUCACAAUCCUAUUAACUUCUGAAAUUUAACAUAUAAACCACUAAAACAGAAGUUUAUAAUUAAUUAAAAAUUAAGGAAAUGAAGAAAUUUAACACAUUAUACCAUGAUUGUUUAGGACCUGUAGAAAAACAUUUAUCUAAUGCAAAAUUUAUAACUUACAUUGUAAAAUCUACAAUAUUUAUGAAUCUUAUUUAAAGAAUAUUAAUAUUAUUAAUGUACAUUAAAUAGUAUAUUUUUCAGAUUGUGCCAUUUUAGAAACUUUAAUCAAAGCAAAUUUAAUUAUUUUAAUGAAUUUAUUGUCAGUUUAGAAAUUGGCCUAAAAUCAAUGGUGCUAUCAGCCUAUCUUGUUUUUUACAAAAUGUGUUCUUAUUAUGUAUAUUUUCUGAACAUUUUAGUUUUUAUGUAAAAAUUAAUGGAAACCUUAUCGGAAUUUAAAAACACAUGUAAGCCGAACACAGGCAGAUCUUUAAAAUAUUUUGAUGCAUGUAUAAGUGCUUCACGGAUAAAUAGUAUUCUUUUGUUAACUGUGUGCAAUCAAAUUGUAAAUCAUUAAUUAUAAUUUCAAUAAAGUUUCUUUAACAAAAAACUGGA